GCAGAUCCUUAUGAAACUGAAGGAAAAUAUCCUAAUUAAACAAAAAGCCUCCAACACAAAGGUACAUUUAGGGCAUUUCUGAAUGGAAGUGCAGAGACACAGCCCAGCAAGGCUGGGAUCAGGUGCACAGCUCCCUUUCAGAUCCCUGCAGCUUCCCCCCACCCCGAGCCUCUCCUGGCACCACCUGAGCAGAAAUUCACUCCAUUCUGUUCCCUUUUAACUCCUGUUACCCGAGCUGGCUCCGCUCCCAGCCCUAUUUCCUACGAGUGAUUGCACAAGAGCCCGGUGUAGUAGUGGCACAGGAAAGCAGCAGAGACAUCUGACCUGAGCUAGAUUGAAAUCUCCCUGCCUGCUUGUUUGUCCUAAAGCUGCUUCAGCCAGUGCUGGGGGAGGUUCUUUCUCUCUUUCACCAAAUGGCCCUUCUGAUUUUUCAUCGUAAUGGUCUCGGAUCCAUUACAUGGAGAAGUGAAAUGGUUCUUUCAACAAGAGCUUCCUAGGAAACAUUAAAUGGGCAAAUCUCAGCACAACUCUUCAGCUUUUGGGGUUUUUUUCCUUGUGGUGGUCAGCAUUUAAAACAGGAAGUGCUUCCUAGGAAAUAUUAAGCGGGUAAAUAUCAACUCUUUUUUUUUUUUUUUUUUUUUUUUUGUGUGUGUAUGUGCGUGUGGUCAGUAUUUUAAAAUCUGGAGCAAAAAGGCUGUAAACCUGCACAGGAAGAUGAAACAGCCUUCAGACAGUGCAAUGUGUCUGGGAAGAGUCUGGGUCACUCCUCCAGAAACCUGGAAAGCCUCUGGCAGGGUGUCUCCUGGAGGCAGGAAGCUGGCCAGGAGCCACAUUCCAGCAACCCCCGUGGUGAUCCUGCCGGCCACAUGGGUGCAUCCCGAGCUUUUUCAUUUUUUAGGGGGGCAAGUUUUGUCCUUGGUGGAUCAGGGUGGGUUUUUGUUCUUUGUGAGGACCUCUAGGCCAUGUGCUGUGCUUUGGCAGGACAUCAAUAGAAACCUCUGCAGUCAGCUGGAAGCAGAUUUCUAACAGAUGGGUUUGGAAACUCCACAAGGAAGAGAAAUCUUUACUAAAGGUAUUGUAGUGGUUUCACCAGCAUUAUCUGCCCCAUCUGCAGUGCAUGGAGCUGGCACAAAACCUUGUGACCCUCUGAGAGUGUUCCCACUGUGCUGCUGGUCCCUGGGGCUGUCAGAGGGCAGGAACAGACCUGCUCCAGCCUCCAGCACCUGCAAUUGUGGUCAUGGCAGCACCAAACUCAGCUGCUGCUCUCAAAGCUUGGCUGCAGCCUGGCAGUGCUGCUGACUGUGGUAGGAAAGGCAAAGGUUCAGUGAUUUUUUAUUUUUUUUUUUUUAAUUUCUUUUUUUUCUGUUUUUUUGUUGCUUUCUCUGAGAGGAACCUUUGCUGUCACUGAAUUUCCAGGCAAAUUUGGAACACCCAGAGUUCGGGUUCCUGCUCUCCAGGGAUUGCCACUGCAGGCUCAACUUAGGGCACACAAAAUGGGUUUGGCCCAUCUCAGUCCUGUUUGUUGGCCGUGCACACUGAGCUGUGAAGUUGAGGGAGUUUUUCUUUCUCUGCACACCUGGCUCUGCUUUCUCUCUUGACAGCAAUUCAGGUGGACUAAUUUUGGUUUUCCUCCUUGGCUUUUUGUUGACCAUGUGAAAAAUCCUCCUUGGUACAAGUGAAUUGUCCCCCACUUCCUCUGCUGCAUGAGAGGAUGAACCUGGAGAACAGCAACUUCGGACAGUUCCUUUAAAUUCUGCUCUCCUCUGGUUUGGCAGAGCAGCAUUUUCUUAUUGCAGAAUGGAGAUAGGCAGAGCUUAAAUAAAAAGGCUUUUAAAAAAUAAUCUUCCAGUUUUCAGAGGAAAAGUGAUUAAAUACUCUUAGCUGCUGGCAAAUACAGCUCCACCCUGGGCAAGAAUCUCUCAGCAGAGUGAUGACUGAAUAUCUUGGAGCCCUCCAAACAGUGGACAGAGACGAGCCCCUCAGGACCUGCCUUUCCAAAGAUGCUGGGGAAAUGUGACUUUGCUUUUCCUCUCUUUACCAGGAAAAGCAGCACAUCUCCUAUAACUCCCUAACCUUGGGGUAAUGCUGAACAUCUGCAGGCUUUUGCAUGAACUGCAGCAGCUUAGCAAGCAAUACAGCAACAUCAAGCUCCUACAACUGGAUGUGGUCUGUGAGAACAGCAUCAAGAAAGUGGUCAAGGAAGUGGAAGAAAUUGUGGGAGACAAAGGCCUGAACUGCCUCAUCAACAAUGCUGGCAUCAACGUGCUCGCCUCGCUGGAGGAGGUCACAGCAGAGACCAUGCUCACCAUUUAUGAAACCAACACUGUUGCCCAGCUGAUGGUCACCAAGGCAUUCCUCCCCCUGCUGAGGAAGGCAGCACAGCUGGGCACUGGAAUGGGCUGUCACAGAGCUGCCAUCAUCAACAUGUCCUCUCUCGCUGCCUCCAUGCAGCUCGUCCAGGCAAAUGAGAUGUUCCUCAAGGUCUAUCCCUACAGGAUAGCAAAGACUGCACUCAACAUGAUCACCCGGUGUCUCGCUGCAGACUUGAAAUCAGAUGGAAUUCUCUGCAUUUCCUUGCACCCGGGCUGGCUUCAAACAGACAUGGGUGGAAACAUGGCUCCCAUGCAGGUGCAGGAGGCAAUCCCAGGUAUUCUCUCUGUUCUGGAUCGUCUCGGUGAAAAAGAAAAUGGUUCUUUCCUGGACUGGCAAGGGGAAACUCUGCCGUGGUAGAAGUGCACAGAACUCUACAGGAACAGCUCAUCAGUCACAAUUUAACCUUGCCACUCCUGUCUGUGUCUCUAGGGCUUUUUUACAGGCUCGUUGAAAUAGCCAGUCUGACACUCAGCCUCUCUCUAGGUGUAUUUGGAAAGCAGAGUGGCUGAGUCUUUCACUUGGUAUUGCUACUGCUCUGCUCUAAUGCUUCCUGCAAACACUACUGUGCUCUCGGUGAUGGGCAUCUCCUGGAACCCUCUGAAAUGGAUUCAAACCUGCAAGCUAAAUCCAAGGGCUGCUGGUUCCUUCUCACUCCCAGACCCCAAGUGGGCUUCUGGCUCUUUGCAGAAUUAAAUGACCUGACCUCAGAGUAAGGCCUGUGUAGGCUGUCAGAUUCCAGUUAUGCUCAGUUAUUCCAGAAAAAAACAAAAACAAACUCCUUUGAUUUCCUUUAUUCCUAACUGAGCCAAGGCUGAAAUUGGCCAGCUCUAAACCAAGGGAAUUUGGUACUUCUGUGAAUUCUGUGGCAAACUCUGGGUGUCCCCAGGUUGUCAGUGUACACCAGGCACUUGCUUUGUUCCCGGUGGGUGACUAACAGCCUGAUAUGGGGGUGGGAAUGUUGUUUUGUACAUAAACUUCUGAAGUGUCUUCAAUAAAGUCUUGAUUAAACAAACAGUCUGUUU